AAUCCGCAUUUCGAACCAGAUUGAAAACGCCACGAGCCGUGUGCAGUGAGUUAACCCGUGACUGCUGCUAAUGUUCGACUAAAACGGGUGGUAAACGCGCUUCUUUGGAAAAAUUCAGUCAGGAUCUAUUUGCGAGUGAUUAAUAUUCAUUUUGAUUUUGUAUUCACGUGUUUCGCUGGAUUACAUUUCAUUACAUUACAUUACAUUAAUGGCAUUUGGCAGACCCUCUUAUCCAGAGCGACGUACAAGAAAGUGCAAAGUGCAUACCCAUAACCAGGGAUAACUGCGUUGACAGACCCUAGAGCAGUGGUGUUCAAUCUUAUCCUAAAAGGGCCAGCGUGGGUGCAGCCUGUGGAAGCCGAAUGAAGAGGUCUGGCAGGGGUGUAGGGUCUGAUGAUUUUUUGGAGUGACCUGCAAUGUCUGUCCAGUCCUUGCUCAUUUCCACCCUGGAUGAUAUGUUGGCAGAGGAUCUGAGGAGGUUUAAAUUCUGGCUCUCAAACGAUUUGCCUGAGGGCUUUAAACCCAUUGGAAAGGGCAGACUGGAGAACAAACCUGUGGUUGACAUAGUGGAGCAGAUGAUAGCGGCCUUUGGGGAAAAAGAUGCAGGGAAGGUGGCACUGCAUGCCCUGAGGAAAGCGGACCAGAAUGACCUCGCUCAGAGACUGGAGAAAGAUCACACGUGGUCUGGAGAGAGACGUUGUUCUCCUGACUUGAGGAUGGUGCUGAUUGGUAAGAGUGGAGCAGGGAAGAGUGCAUCGGGAAACACCAUCUUGGAGAGAAAAGCCUUCAAAUCGGAGUUCUCUCCGGGUUCCGUGACCAGGAGUAGUGAGAGCAGUAACAAGGAAACAGACAGGGGGCGCAUUACCGUGAUUGACACCCCGGGGAUCUUUGACACUUCCAUGCCAGAGGAAGAAGUUAAGCGUGAAAUCGAGAGGUGCAUCACCCUGUCCGUCCCAGGACCGCAUGCCUUCCUGCUGGUGAUCAGGCUGGGCCGCUUCACACAGGAGGAGAGGAACGCCGUGCGCUGGAUCCAGGAGAAGUUCAGAGAGGAAGCCUCACGCUACACCAUGGUGCUGUUCACUGGGGGGGAUCAGCUGGAUAAGCCGGUGUGGGAGUUCCUCAGCUACAGCCGCGACCUCCAGGACGUUGUCGGCAGCUGUGGCGGUGGGUAUCACGUCUUCAACAACAAAGACGGCAGCGACGGUGCUCAGGUCUCCGAGCUGACGCGGAAGGUGGAGGAAAUGGUGGAGGGAAACGGAGGGCAAUGCUACACCAAUGAGAUGUAUCAGGAGGUGGAGCGAAGGAUAAGAGAGGAGGAGGACAGGAAGAGGAGAGAAGAAGAGGAGAAAGAGAGACAGGAAACGGUUGUAAGACAGAUCAGAGAAAGUAAAUUUAUGAGGGAAGUGAGAAGAGUGAGAGAUGACGUGAGAGAUUUUUUAGAUAAACCACUACCGUUCAUAUGAGUGGCCCUUGCGAUAAUCGCAAGAAAUCAUAGACUGUUCUUUCUACACUCUCCCGGAUCUCAUGAAAUGAAAUCACACUAAUAUUUCACUGAUCAUGUUUUUUCAGGAACAUAAUGCUGGUAUGCCAGAACAAAUCCGCUUCCCUGCUUAACAUUUUAUGGGAAACACUUUGGAGACAAAAUGCCGAGUAUACCAGCAGCUCAGGAGAAACUGUAGUGACAGUGUUGUUCGGAGCCACAAGAUGGUGCUCAGAACUAUUUCCUGAUUUUGAGUGUAGUUCACCCUUUUGGAAUAAAUAAAUGAGAUGAUACAUUUCUUCACAUGGGAUAUGAUUUCAGGGAUAUGAUCAAUUCUGAAUUUUGGAAUGGAUUCUGAUUCAGACUACAAACGACCCUGUGUGAAGGAAGGAUAAUUUCACAGCCACAGAUUCCUUGAUGGACUCCAGUACCCACCUGUCUUUCAGUUUUGUUGGGAUGAUUUAUUUCCAUUAGUCCUAGUACAUUGAGACCGCUCUGUGAUUUAUAUUUUAAAAUAUGUACACACAGCCAUGAUUUUAGACAACAUGGAGAGGAUGUGGAGUAAUGUUUUAUUUUGUCCCCUAGGAUUGGUGCUUCAUAAAGUGAGGCAGAAUAUAAUUGAACACCUUCCAUGCAUUUAUUGUUCACUGUUUACUUACAUUUUUUAGUUAAUCUAUUUAUUUAUUUUUUUCAAUUGUUUGUGGCUGUUCUCAUCCUAUACUGUGAUCCCUGGGGUACUGUAUUUUGUUCUUUUUCUUGCCCUGUGCGUAAUGUGACGAUUGACAAUAGACACAGAAAUUACGUGACUAUAGUUAAAAUGAUAGCUGCAGUCCCACACAUUAUGAACAGUCUAAAUUUAGAAACUGUGUGUAAUAUCAAUACAAAAAUAAAUAUGAAGAUAUAAUUA